AUUUUCAUAAUCAGAGAACAGAGCAUGCUGUCCAUUGCGCUAACACCCCACCUUUUUCCCCUCCAAAAAACCGGCAAAUUCUUCCACCAUCGCCGCCGCCUCCGCCCGGAGGUAUACCCCUUUAGAGCUGAUGUUGUGAGAUCGUCUUCAAGCUUGCAAGAAACCAAGAAACCUCCACCAGUAUCAUCGGAUGAGAGGAGGGAGCUCCUGACGAGCUGGGAAAGUAUAGCUCUGCCGCCGGUGAAGGCGGCCAAGAGGGUGGUCCUGGUGAGGCACGGCCAGAGCACGUGGAAUGCGGAGGGUCGGAUCCAGGGCAGCUCCGAUUUCUCGGUGCUCACUCUCAAAGGUGAGUCUCAGGCCGAGACCUCGCGUCAAAUGCUUCUUGAUGAUUCCUUCGAUGUCUGCUUCUCCAGUCCAUUGAUUAGAUCAAAGAGAACUGCAGAAAUCAUAUGGGGUUCUCGCACGGAGGAGAUCAUAACCGAAUCUAACUUGAGGGAAAUUGAUCUCUACUCAUUCCAAGGCCUCCUUAAGAAUGAAGGAAAAGCCAAAUAUGGUGCAGCUUAUCGUCAAUGGCAAAUAGACGCACCGAAUUUCAACAUUGAUGGUCAUUAUCCAGUGAGGGAAUUGUGGGAAAGAGCUAGAAGCUGCUGGACGAAGAUCCUUACCCAUGAAAGCAGAUCGAUACUUGUAGUUGCUCAUAAUGCCGUCAACCAGGCUCUUGUUGCCACAGCUAUGGGACUGGGCACGGAGUACUUUAGGAUUCUACUUCAGAGCAACUGUGGUGUAAGUGUGCUGGAUUUCACUCCAAAACCUGAAGGGGGAACUCCAGAUAUAUGCCUUAACCGCCUUAACCAGACCCCAAGUUCGCCCGUUGCUGCUGGCAGUUCUGGAGGACGAAAAGCCAGCAUGCGGAUCAUACUCGUCUCUCAUGGAACCUCUCAGAAUGAUGGAGAGCAGGGCGGUAUUCCUUUGUCUAGAGACAGCCCGAUGAACAUGCUUGGAGUAAUACAGGCACAGAAAACUGCAGAGCUACUUCUUGAUGUCAAGGUGGGCAGUAUAGUCAGCAGCAACGCAAUAGCAUCGGUCGAGACGGCAACUGCAAUCUCCAGAGUUCAAGAGGCUGCUGACUGCUUGGGUGCUGAUUGUGUGCCCCGUUAUGUGGAAAUGAAGCAAAUACCCGACCUUGAUGUCGAUAGCAUCCUUAAGCAGACAAAGGACGACUCAAUAAGGUUCCAACCUCUUGAGUCGGGUUGGUUAAGGGGAUACGAGGAUGAAAUAACAAGAGCCCUGUGGGAUAAAUCAGGGGUGGCCUGGAAAUGUCUGUUGGAUGAACUCUCAAAGGCAUCAGAGCCCCAAAAUGUUGUUGUUGCAGUUGCCCAUCCAGCCCUUCUCAUUGCAAUGAUGGGGCAUUGCUUGAACCUGACCAAGGAAUGGUUGGGAUCAUUUCAUCUUGAUGCAGGCAGCGUCAGUGUCGUCGAUUUUCCUGAUGGCCCCACUGGGAGAGGCGUGAUCCGGUGCAUCAACUACACGGCUCAUCUGGGACGCUGGUCGAUUCCCAUCACACGAUCGACCCUCGAUGAUGAGGACUUCUGAGUAUUGAUAUUGAUGUAUGUAUAAAAAAAGGAAAAAGAAAUUGUAAUUUGUGUAGACCAGCAUAAAUACGUGAAAGGAACAACGUUAGAUGCAGCUCCCAGUGUAAAUGAGGUUUGGGUCUCGUGAGACAGGCCUGCUCCCAGUGUAAAUGUUUUUUAUGCAUUUUGUCAUUUUUCUUCGC